UUAACCGAAAAGAAGAGGUAUCAGUGGACUACCGAGUUUCCGAUUCACUGAUAACGUAUUCUCAUUAAUGGCUUAUUUUCCAGACAUUAUCAGAAAUUGUUCUAAAUCAUGCACGAGCUAAAGUGUCUCAUUAGAAAAUAAUUAUUAGACAUUUUUAUUAGUGUUAAAAAAAGUUUUUUUUUUAAAUUAAAUUUUAAAAAAGUGAUAGUGAAACUAAAGGAAUAAAUGAUAAGUCUGUUCCGAAAAAAAGUGCAGUGAAAGUAGGAACCGAAUCUCAAACCAAUUUAUAUUAUUAUAUUAGUGAUCUUUUCUCUUUUAAAUUUUGAUUCUAGUCAACGAGAUUUUUUUUGUAAUUUUUUUUGUGCAAUGGUGAAAUCUCAAAUAAAAAUUAAAUAGUUUUUCCAAAUUUUCUGCAAAAGGGAUGCAUACCACUUCCGGUUCCGCCAGUGGGGCGACAAAUAAUGUUUCUGGAGAAACGAAUUUAUCCAGGGUGGGGGUACCGGUCGAAAAAGAAAAUUGUAAAGGCAAGGGAAAAAAAUAUGAUGAGGAUGAUGAUGAGCAAGAAAAUGGAGAACUAAAAGAAGAAGAAAAUGAAGCACCGGAUGGCGGAUGGGGGUGGAUGGUGGCCCUUGGAUUAGUAGUAGUGUUUACGACAACUAUUGGACCCGCUGCUUCGUUUACGAUAAUCUUUGGAGACUUUCUAGAUCAGACAGGGCAGGCUGGCUCAGUCACGACGAUUCUUAAUUCUGUCUUUAAUAUUAGCUUUUCUCUUGCUGGAUUAGGAACAAAUCCACUUUUGAAGGUGUUUUCAAUCAGAACUGUGGGAAUGAUUGGCGCAAUUGCUUUUGCAAUUCCAAAUGUCCUGCAAGCUUUUGUAGGACAUGUUGUGGAGCUGGCAGUCCUAUUUUUCCUUCAGGGGAUUGGCUGUGGUUUCAUCUUUACUGUCUGCAAUACCAACUUCAACGCCUACUUUGUAAAGCGAAGAGCUACAGUCAUGAGUGCUUGUCAGACGAUAGUCGGUCUGGGUUGCAUCGUUUAUCCGAUCUGGAUUGAAAAGAUGAUGAAGGCUUACGGAUUCCGAGGAACUGCAGCCCUGAUUGGUGCGCUAAGUUUGAACUGCAUUGUGGGAAUGGCCUUGAUGCACCCAGUAGAGUGGCAUUAUAAAAAAAAUAAAAAAAAGACAACUAGUGAAAAAAUGGCCUUAAUAAAACAAGAAUCAAUAGGAAAUAUAAGAUUUUCUGGAGAAUUUAAAUUAAUUAAUGACCACUGGAAGCGUCGUUCCACUAUUGACGUUAUUCAUCCCUCCAUGAAAUCGAACAGGUGGAAUAGUCUCAGGAGUCUCAAAGAGGAUGAUUUUGAAAAUAAGACAGAAUUAUCGGGAUCACUAACCAAUGUGGAAUCAGGAAAUAUUCGAAGGAGGGCUAAUACCAUAACCCACAAGCAUGAAAGUGUUGCUAAAAUAGUCACAGAAGCACUUUCAUCUUCGAGUUUAGCAAAUUUAAGGAUGCCGGUCGGUUUCGAUAAUUUAAAUAAUGCUGAAGCUCGAGUGAAAACGAAGAUUUUCGAGAAACCAAAAAAUUUUGAAUUGAAAAUUUUGGAAAAAACGAAAGAAAUGGACACAUUAGGGGAAAAUGAAAAAUUUAACAGUACUGAAAAAUUAAGAGAAAAGGAUAAUUUAACCAAUAGUGAAGAAAUGAAACUAGAAAAGAAAAAGGGGCAUAAGUGGAGUUUUUCAGACGUAAUAGAUAUGACUUUGAUGAAGGAUCGUGCAUUUAUCAACACGUGUCUUGGAAUAAGUUUUGUAUUUGCGAGCGACUUCACUUUUAGUUCACUUUUGCCCCUGAUGAUGAUCAAAUAUGGAUACACUCAGGGUGAUGCUGCUUUAGCCAUCACUGUGGGAGCCACUGCUGAACUUGUAUCAAAAAUUCUCCUGGCCAUCUUCACUCUAAUUGUGGGCGCAAGGCCAAAAAAAUUAUUCUUCUUUGCGAUGAUAUGCAUGGCCCUUGCGAAAAUUGGAUUCUAUUAUUUGGAACAUACGAUGAUGGGUUUAAUAACUAUGGUGGCAGCAAUUGGUAUGGUGAGAUCAUGGCUAAUGGUACCCCAACCUUUGGUGGUAGUGGAAAAUCUCAGUGUUGAUAAAUUUGCUGCAGCCUAUGGUGUUUUUGCCAUAAUUAGUGGAGCAAUUUCCAUAAUAUUUGGACCAGUUGUAGGUUUUAUCAAAGACUGGACUGACAGUUUUGACCUUUGCCAGUUGGUAUUAGUGGGCUUGAACGUACUUUUUAUCGUCCCUUGGGGAAUGGAAUUUUUGACCGAAUAUACAGUCUCAAAAAAAGAUAAAAAACCACUCAGCGAAUCGAGAACAGUAUGAAUUAUCAGCUUUUAUUUAUUGAUAAGGAUGAAGAUAACAAAUGUCUGAAAAAUUCUACGAUAAAGUGAAGUGACCAGUAUUUUAUAAUAGUCAAAUUUGUAAUAAAUAUACAAUAUACAAUGUAAUCAAAAAUCAAAA